AGAUUCUUUCGUAGGAGGCCGGCUGUGGGAAGAUUCCCUUGAAAAAAUUUAAAAAAGAUCUUGGUUUGGAUGUGUGAUUGAUUCGAUGGUGAAAAACUGAAAUAAUUCUUUCCAAGUUUCCACAAAGCUGAAUGGGAACUUUCCCUUCCGCAACGAAAGGAGGAAAAAAACAUGGUGUUAAUCUAAUAACAAGAUAUCUUGGUUGGAGAUCCUCACUCCCUUGCACCACGGUCUGUCGAGGAUCCGAGGCGUAAAGGGUUUAUUCUUUAAUCAAGUCUUUUGGGUUCCGAAUCGUAAAAUGUUUUCUGGAAUGGAAGUCUCUGAGGAGAAAAGGCCGAAGCAACACUAGGUGUUGGGUCACACUGAUACUACUUUCACCUCACUAGAAAGUACCUUCCUGGAAUUGUAGAUGGCUGGUCGGCCCAGGAAACAUCAUCACAAGAAGAAGCAGGAACAGUCCAGGGCUAAGUGGACAACAUCCCUUACUAAGAUACUUGCAGACUUGAUGGUUGAGCAGGCUCUGAAAGAGAAUAGGCUGAACAAUUCAUUCGGGAAGAAAGCAUGGAAGAACAUGUGUGAGGAAUUCCGUAAGAGAACAGGUCUUAAAUGGGACAAGGAGCAAUUGAAGAAUCGUUAUGGUGUUCUUAGGAGGCAGUAUGUUACUGUGAAGUCACUUCUCGAUCAAGGUGAAUUUAGUUGGAGUGAAUCCACCCAAACUAUUACAGCCACAGAUGAAGUGUGGGUUAAAUACAUUCAGGCACACCCUGAUGCCGAGGGAAUACGAAGCAAUGGUUGCCCAAUUUACAAACAGCUUUGCACUGUGUUCUCUGAGUCAGGGCCUAAUGGGAAUCAUCAUCCUGAGCUGGAUGAAGGGACUCCAAGCAUGUUGAUGUUAACUGGUGCAACAUCAAAUGUUGCAGCCGAGGAGACUUCCUCACCCACUGAAGAUGAAGAUGAAGAUGCAGAUGUAUCAAAUGAACAGCACAAACAUGAAUCAAUGCCUCCACCCAGUUCAGGUCGUCAGAAAAGAAGCCACAAGGGAAUUGAUGGUGGUAUGGCUGAAGCUAUAAUAGAGAUGGCUGCUGCUUCAAGGUUGAGGGCAGCUGCAGUGAGGCAGAGCACUAACUGGUUUUCUAUUACCAAUUGCAUCAAAGCAUUAGAUGAGAUUGAAGGGCUUGAAGAGCGAAUCUAUUUUUCUGCUUUGGAUCUAUUUGAAAGUCCCAACGCUAGAGAAACAUUCUUGUCUCUCACAACUGACAGAAGAUUGACAUGGCUGAAGGGCAAGUGUAUAGGUCACAGGGGGACGGAGGAGUGAGCUUCUGCUGAAAUAGUGUCCUUUGAUACUUUGUCUUGUCCCUAGAGCUAGUCACUUUGUAGGGCAAUAUUUCUAUUCCAAAUUAGUAUUUCUGAGCUAGAAAUAUUUUUUAUGUUUCUGUUCAUUUGGAAUAUUUCUGUAAAGAAAAUAUUGUAUGGUCCUAAAACUAGAAAAGAAAAAAAAAAAUUAUCACUACAAAGGUGAUUUGUAUUUGAUUUCUAUGGUUCAGGCUGAUUCUAGUCUUGAACCAACUUCAUAUUUUUGUAUUGUGUACUUCUACCUGUUUAUUUUUCUGAUC